GCAAUGUAGGCGACGUGGUUGAGCGGCUACGACGGCGAAGACCUGAAGGAGAAGGGCACCAAAGCUCUUCUCUUUGGGGUUUGCUUGCAUCUAUUGCUCUACAAGCAAAACGCAGCGAAAAUGGGGAUGGUCCUGGAUGCUUUUGCAUCCUACGUGCAAAGCAUGCUGACGGAGAUGGUGACUGAAGAGGUGCACAUGCUGCUUGGAGUCGGAGACGAGAUCGAAAAGAUGGGCGUCAAGCUUAGGGACCUCAAGAACUUCCUCGCCGAUGCUGAUAGGAGGAACAUCACUGACAAGACCAUGCAAGAGUGGGUGGCAGAGCUCAAACGUGCCAUGUACGAAGCUGCUGACAUCCUCGACCUAUGCCAACUCAAGGCCAUGGAGCAAGGUCAAUCCCCCGUAGAUGUUGGGUGCUUCAACCCCUUGCUCUUUUGCAUGCGGAAUCCAGCCCAUGCCCACAACAUCGGCACUCGCAUCAAGGAGCUCAAUAAGAAACUCGGCAUCAUCAAGGAGCGAGGCGAUGCUUUCAGCUUUAUCAAUCUUGGUUCCUGUGACGAUCUUAACAGCAGGGUGCAUGCCUCUCAUUCUGGUAUUCGCAGCCGUGAGACGUACGGAGACUUUAAUCGCUCGGAUGUAGUCGGCGAGAAGAUCGAACUAGACACAAGAGCAAUCGUUGAUAUCAUGCUGGCUGAAAAAGAGGGCAACGCCAAUAUCAUGGUUGUAGCAAUUGUUGGGGUUGGCGGAAUAGGUAAGACCACUCUUGCCCAGAUGGUAUUCAAAGAUGAAAUCAUUAAUGCAGAAUUCGACAAGACAAUAUGGUUGAGCGUCAACCCGAACUUUGACAAGGUUGAACUGAUCAAGACAAUCAUCACGCUCACCGGAGGAGAAUACGGUGGUGGAACGGCGUUGGCUGUGCUUCAGCCAAUCCUUACUACUACCGUGAAAGGGAAGAAGCUAUUUAUAGUGAUGGAUGAUGUGUGGAGCCCCAUAGCAUACAACGACGUGCUUGGAAGUCACUUGGCUAAUGUUGUUGCUCGAGGUAGCAGAAUCCUCGUCACUACUAGAGAUGAAAGAGUUGCUCGAGGGAUGAAAGCUAUGCUUCCCUACCACCGCGUCGACAAGUUAGAGGAGGAUGAUGGCUGGUCAUUGCUCAAGGACCAGAUAGUCUCUUGUGAAACAGAUGGACAUGAAAUUGAUACACUCAAGGAUAUUGGGUUGCAAAUUAUAGAAAAAUGUGAUGGUUUACCUCUUGCUAUCAAAGUAUUGGGAGGACUCCUAUGUCAGAAAGAUAAAACUGAAUUGUUUACAAAACAUGCCGUUGUCGGCAUGUGGAUUAGUGAAGGAUUUCUUCACGGAACGUCAGACAACUUGGAAGAAUUAGGAAGCAAGUACUAUAAGGAGCUGAUAGCAAGGAACCUUUUAGAGCCAAAUGCAAAAUACGCUAAUCAAUCUGUUUGCAGCAUGCACGAUGUUGUUCGCUCAUUUGCUCAAUUUGUGUCUAGAGAUGAGGCGCUAGCGGCUCAUAGUGGAGAAACUAAUAUUGGAAGUAAGCUUAGUGCACACAAGUUUCUUCGGUUAUCCCUAGAGAGCGAAUCAUCAGAGUCAGAUGGAUUAGACUGGAGUUAUUUACAAACACAAACAAUAUUGAGAACACUAAUAUUAGUUGGCCAUAUAAAUAUGAAGUCUGCAGAUUUGCUGGCCCAGUUUAAAGGCUUAAGAAUUCUACAUGCACAUUCAACUGGGGUUGGUGAAUUGGCUAAAUUUUUGCAUGAGUUCAAGCACUUGAGGUACUUGUCCUUGGAGAGUUCUGAUAUAUCUUCUCUACCGGAUAACCUAGGAGAGCUGAAAUUCUUGCAGUUCAUUAGCCUCUAUGGAAGCAAACAUUUUGUGAAGAUUCCUCAUAGCAUUGUACAGUUAAGUCAGCUAAGGCAUCUUAACUUCAGUGGUACAAGUAUAUGUGGCAUACCUAGGGGGUUUUGUGGUCUAACAAAUUUGAAGUUGGUAUUGGGAUUUCCAGCCAUAGAGGAAGGUGAUUGGAGCAGUCUGGAAGAGUUGGGCCCUCUUGAUCAGCUCACUAUGAUUGGGCUAGAGGGAUUAGAGAAUGUAACUGCGCCAUCAUCUGCAGCAAAGGCAAAGCUUGGCGAGAAGGUGCAUCUUACUACACUACAAUUAUUUUGGCGAGAAGGCAUACUAGGAUAUGAUGGAAAUAUUAAACAGAAAGAUAGUGUCUCUGAGGAAGAGCAAGAAAAAACUGAGAAGGUGCUUGAUGAGCUGUGUCCUCCGCCCAACUUACAUUAUCUAUCCAUCGCGGGGUAUUUUGGCCAACGGUUCCCAUGGUGGCUGAUGUCAUCAUCAGUUGUGUCCCUCAAGAUCUUGAGGGUUCUGUUGAUUGAAGAUUUGGCUUGCUGCACACUACUUGCCAAUGGCCUAUGUCAGCUCCCGUAUUUGGAGAUCUUUCAGAUCAACCGUGCUCCAGCUAUUAAGCGUGUCGGACCUGAAUUUCUGAGGUCCAACCAUCAGCAAAGUCUGGGUCCUUCACAUGUGGCCGUUGCGUUUCCGAAAACACGUGAGAUGAAAUUAAUUCGGAUGGUGGAAUGGGAAGAGUGGGAAUGGGAGGAGCAAGUGCAAGCUUUUCCUGUCUUGCGGGAACUUAUGCUGAAGCACUGUAAAUUGAUGAGUCUUCCUCCUGGCCUAUCCUCCCAGGCAAAGGCUUUAAAUAAAUUAAUCAUACGGUAUGUCCAGGGUCUCACAUAUGCAGAGAACUUUGCAUCCCUGGUCAGGCUAGAAGUAACUGCACUUCCUAACCUGGAGAGGAUUACUAAUCUUCCCAGCUUGCAACUGUUAAGCAUCGAAAAGUGCCCAAAGCUGAAGGUGCUAGAGGGUGUUCCUACACUCCAGAAGCUCUUGCUCCAAGAUAGAGACAUGGAGACACUCCCGGAAUAUAUGGGAGUUAUAAAUCCAAGGUGUUUGGAGCUAUCCUGUAGCCUGGUGUUGCUCUUAUCCAUAGCCGCGGGACAAUCUGGUCCUGAAUGGGACAAGUUCAGCCACGUUGAGCAUGUGAAGGCAUAUGCACAUGAAGGAGGUAUUGUAAAGAAAUGGUAUGUUUUGUACACAGCCAACCCCUACAACUUGGAGACAAAUGUCAGCCCAUCUUUCAUGUGUGCAGGAACCUUGUCUUGUUUUGAGGACGCGCAAGGAUUUGAGUCUGUAUUCAAAAUGACAAGGGGAACCUUUAACUACAUCUGCAGCUUGGUGCUUGGUCCGACUAUGGAAGAUAUGAACAACUACACAUUUACUGACGGGAGGGUGUUGUGUUUACAGGAUCGAGUGGCAGUUGCUCUGAUAAGGUUGUACUCCAGUGAGCCAUCAGAGAUCUUGGGAUCCUCUUUUGGUGUGCAUGAGUCAACCAUGAAGUUGGUAACUGAUCAGUUCAUUGCUGCUAUGUGCAAGGAAGCAAUACGCCACAUAUACUGGCCAUACUCUAAAAUGGAUAAGAUCAAAGGCAGGUUUGGUAAGAUCCACAACAUGCAUAAUUGUUGCGGUGUGAUAUGUACAACUGACAUCCCAUUUCGAUCAAACUGCGACCAUGAGAAGAAUGAAAGCAUUCUAAUGCGAGUCAUCGUUGAUCCAGAUAUGAGGUUCACGGAGAUUUGGUUGGAAUGGGAAGGUAGCAUGAACUGGUCUAGCAAAUGCCAGGGAUAUGACAUCUUCGAGGACUGCGAGAAGGGUAUUGUUCUGAAUGGCAGUAAGCUAAAGGUAGCAUUAGAUGGAUCAGCAGUCGGGGAAUACAUAAUUGGUGAUGCAAGUUACCCUCUUCUCCCGUGGCUACUCACACCUUACCAGGAAGAAGGCCUCUCAGACUCCAAGUCAGAGUUCAAUAGGAGACACUCCGCAGCCACAACCUGCCUGACCAAGGUGCUGGUAAGGUUCCAAGAUACAUGGAAAUUCCUCCAGGGGGAGACGUUGUGUCCUGUCAAUGCGGAGACUCUAGCUGUUUCAAUCUAUGCCUGUUGCUUGUUGCAUAACAUAAUCAUAGAUAUGGAGGAUGAUGCAGCAAUGCCAAGCACUGGGGAGAGAAAUUACGAAGUGCGUCAGUUAGUAGAUGAGGAUGCUGUUAGGGCGAGGGAUAUGCUGUCGCAAUACUUCUGGAGCAGCAUGCCAUCCGCAUCGGAAGUCGGCUCAGAGGAUGUAGAGGAACACCCUGAAGUAGCCGCAUCGGGCUUAGGAGAUGAAGACAAGGAUCAACAGGUGCAGACAAGAACAGCAGAGGAAGAGAGCCAAGAGAUCAUUCUCUAAAAAUACUUCUUUCUGCCACAUCUUCCAUUUUCGUUCAAGUAAAAUGGGAAGCUUACAUCGUGCUGUUUGGAGCUUUUGAAUACAUGAAUCUGGAGCAGCCCAAGCAAUGAAGCAAGAGACUACUUUGAUGCUACAGCAUGAAUUGAAGUUCAACGUUUUUUUAAAUUUUAGUAAUCUAUCUAAUUGGCUAGAGAUCUCGUUUCCCAAAGGGUCAAAUACAAGUGCUGUAGUAUGUUUUCUAUGCAUGAGCUACAAACUUUUAUGUGUUGAAAAAACCGAUAUUCUAGUGUGCAUGAGGACUAUCUGUGAUUUCUAUCGAACAGUUGAUGUAAACUGAAAAAUAUGCAAACAUAA